AUGGAGGGGCCGGGCGCAGACCCUGGAGAAGGGGUGUCGCCGCGGCGCAAAACAUCCGUCGAGCAGGCGAUGCCCUCCUUUGGUGCCAUGAGCAACCCGCUCGACUCACUCGACUUACGCGCCGACCCAGAUGCUCAGGCCACAGUCACAGACUUCCUCGAUUUCACCGAAUAUCUACCUGCUGAUAUCAUGCGCUCCCUGACCCUCAUCGGACAGCUUGACCAGACCUACAUCGAUGCGUCGACCAACGUCCACGACCUCACAACGACAUGGGGUCGCCUUCCCGAUAUGCCCCCCGAGGAGCGUCCUGCUGCGGUACAGGUCAGAGCAGACAUCUCGCAGAAUUUGAACCGCGCACUCAGCUCGAGGGUUUACUCCCAUGCCGAAGCAGUGCGCAUGGCCGAUAAUGUCUCCCGCCACUACAACCGUGCCAAGAUCAUACUGGGAAAGCUGCAAACCAUGAUGGAGAACUACCCGACGGCCGAGGAACAAAAGAGUCCGGUGGCUGCCCGAUCGCCGCAGAUGUCUCGCACCCCGAAAAUCAGUGUACGCUCCGAGGGAGGCCAGAGGGUUCGAAGGCAACGGGUAUCACGUAUAACAGUCCCCGGCGAGGUCCUGGCACCCUACGAGCUAGAUUACGAAUCAUACACCGAGGAGAGCGAUGACGAAUCUGAAGAUGACGAUAGUUCACCUCCGCGUGAGACUCCUGCCGCGCCACCGCGGAUCAAACUCUUGAAGACGCCCAAGACGCCCAAGGCCAGAAUGCCACGACCGACGAUGACGGGCCAGGGCUUCCAUCCGCUGUCAACAAGUGGCGUGCUGGCUCAGCUCAAACCACCCCCUGAUGAUGCUGUUCCCGGCAGCGCGGACGCGCCGUGGCUGCAGCUGACGGCUUACGAGCUGGCCAAGUUGAGGAAGCGCAUGAAGAAGAAUGCGCAGUGGACACCCAGUGAGACUAUGAUUGCACGGGAGCUCAAGGUACUAGGCCGUGGAGUUGAGGCAUGGAGAGCGGCGAAGAAGGCGGCAGAGGACGAAGACCGCCCCUUUGAGAACACUCUGCCCGUUUCGGUUGUGGAUGAGAAUGGUGUGUCUGGCCCACCACUGGGGGCACUCAGCAUUGACGCUGCACUUGCGGCCGAGGACAAGCAGAACACAAACCGUGGCAUGAAGCUGAACGCGGCGAAGAAGAUCAAGCGUGAGUCGCUGGCGCAACUAGCGGCACAGGAAGCGGAGGAGUCCGCCAGAAAAUUGCGCGAAGCGGCAAAAGCCAUUUUUGCACCCAACGCGGCCGCCGUGCAGGCUCCGGGCAAGACACCGGGCAACGUCAAGCCUCCACGAAAGCGGAAACGUGACUCGCAGCCCGAGGCUGACGCCGAGAAGCCUGACAUGUCUGAGAGCCCGGCGCAAAAGCCUCAGCCGAAACGACCAAAGACCGAGACGCCAGUACCAAUUCCACAACCCACGCUGCAAGCAGCGUCUUCGAGCGCGCCGGCACACGAGACUCCAGUUCACCCCCCUCUACUGUCGGCAGGAAACCCAGCAGUCAAGCCCAAGUCGACUACACCGGUGCCUGUGCCCAUCCCCCCGGGACAGGAUCACUCCAAUUCCAAGCUUUCGCUGUCCAACUCUCCUGCAUCGGUGGCCAGCACCCCUGGAUCAAAUACGGUGACCACAACGGUGCCUCUCAAGCCGCCUGCAGACACUCACAUUCCUCCCCCUAUUCAUUCACCGAAGAAGUCCACUACACCGAUCUUGCCUCCGGUCCGGGAGACCAGGACAAGGGAGGCGGCCAGGAAGGAACAGGCUAGGGAGAGCCUGCCACCGGUAAAACCCCCGUCCCGAGCAGCGACCCCUGCCGCGUCAGAGCCGCUGCGACGCCCGAUGUCGAGAGGGAAGGCGUCUAGUCAGGAGCCGCCCGCGUCGCUGGCUGUGGAUCGUCCCCGUCGCGCUAGCACCGCGCGGAACACCCCUGUGCCGGAGGUGCGGCAGCCUGGCAAGCGUCCUAAGAGGCCGGCGCCCGGAAUCAUCAGCCGCACGAACUCUGGCGGCAAUAGUGCUGUGGGGAAGAGGAAGGCCGCGCCCAAGAAGAAGCGCGGAGCUCCCAAGAAGGACAAGGGGCAGCCGGACGCCGAGAUCGAGGUCGAGGUCGACGACGAAGGCAACGUCAUCGACCCGGAUGAACCGCGUUAUUGUCUCUGCAACGGAGUGAGCUUCGGCACCAUGAUCCAGUGCGACAACACGGAUGUAAGUAGCGAUCGCGCCCUUCCUUCUAUUUCUUCUUCCAUGGCCUAG